UACAGAUACUUUAUGCUGUGUAAAUUAAUACUCUUAUUAUAAGAUGAUCGUCCAGCUUUUUGAGGGUAUUGGCUCUGGCACUAGCAUUAUGAUCUUCGUUACAAUUAUGCUCAUAAUUUUGUCUUCCUGGAGCAUUCAGCGACCUAAAAACAUGCCACCAGGACCAAUAGCCUGGCCAUUUAUUGGAAAUAUACCAAGUUUCUUUGGUAAGUCUUCCUUGAAAGUUUUAACAGAUUUCAGUAAAGUAUACGGUGAUGUGUACACAUUAAAACUUGGAAACAGAUACGUGGUCGUUGUUAACAGCAUCGAGUCCAUUCGUGAAACACUUGUGAAGCAACCUGUUGAGUUUGCUGGGCGACCAAGACUAUAUUCUGCUGAAUUAAUGACUGAUAACUACAAGGAUAUUGUGUUUUCGGACUACAGUCCAAUCUGGAAGCUUCAUCGUAAGCUUGCAAGUGCUGCAAUAAGGAAUUAUGCAAGCGGAAGUCAUCUUGAAAAAUUGGUUGAUGGUAUUAAGCCAAAAUUAGAUGCAGCACUCUCAGAAAAGGGCAAUUCAGCAUUUGAUCCUAAACUAAUAAUAGGCUAUGGUGUCUACAACAUAUUGGCCAGUAUGUGUUUUGGUAUUGAAUAUGAUUUUGAUGACCCAGAUUUCAAAAAACUGAUGAACAUGUUGGAGAACAUUACUGAUGUGUUUGGUGAGGGUUUGAUGGCAGACUACAUUCCCGGUCUAAGGCAUAUUCCUACACCUGGCUUAAGAAAUGUUCAAAACCUCUUCUCAGAAUACCUUGCUAUGAUCCGAAAAGAGUUUAAGCGGCACCAAGACAACUUUAAUCCGGAUGAGAUUAAGGAUUUGACGGACUUUGUUCUUGCUGCACAACAGGAAGCUGUUGAAGAAGGGAAUGACAACAUAGCAGAUCUUUCUGACGAUUAUCUUGUACAAACACUGUCUGAUAUAUUUGGCGCUGGAAGUGAUACAACUACUACUACUCUUCUUUGGAGCAUUGCAACUUUAGUUGACCAUCCCGAUGUCCAAGCAAAGGUCCAGGCAGAGAUUGAUGAAGUAAUUGGACGAACACGUUCAACAAAUCUGAAUGACCGUGGUUCAUUACCUUAUACUCAGGCGACUAUUUACGAAAUUAUGCGGUACGGAAUUGUUGCGCCGGUUGCAGUGCCACAUCGAACCAUCUCUGAAUGUACAUUCGGUAGUUACAGAAUUCCGCAAGAUACUUGGGUAUUGAUCAAUCUGUAUGCUGUUCAUAACGACGAACGACAUUGGGAAGACCCCCAUGAGUUCAGACCAGAGCGGUUUCUUAGUGAUGAAAAAUGCCAAGUGGAAAGACCCGAUAGUUUUCUACCGUUUUCCGCUGGUAGACGUGUUUGCUUGGGUGAAAGUCUUGCCAAGUCCGAGAUUUUUCUCAUUUUUACAUGGCUUUUCCAAACUUUCAUGUUUGUGAAGCCAACAGAUAUGGAGAACGUUAAAACCGCCGAACCACAAGCAGAUUCAGGACUUAUCCAUAUCCCAAAACCAUACAAAGUGCUUGUUGAGAAAAGGUUUUGAAGGCUUCUAAAAUAAUAUAAUAAAAGUGUUUUACUAUAAUAUAUAUGCCUGUAAACGCCAUACUUAGCCACGAUAACUUUCAAUUUUUUAAUUAUGUAAUUGACUGGUGUAUGCUUAUCAAUUAUUAUUAUUGUUUUUUUCUAAACAAAUACUAGUAAUGUGAAUUUAUAUCUCUUCUACUAAGUUCCUAUUAUAAAUUCCUUUAUUUCAAAUAGCUAAAGUGCUUUUUAUAGUUAAAAUUUUGCAGAAUGGACAGCUUGGUAUACUUUUCCACAAUAGGGUUAUACAAUUUUCCCAUUCUGAUUACACAACACAACAUUCGGGCUAAUGUUAUCUUAUCGAUUAUCAAUUGUAAUUGUUCUUCAUAAUACUAAAAUAUUUAAAAUACUAUAAAAGUCUGUUUUUUAUCAGUUAACAAUCAAUGUCUGAAUUAUGUUGUGAUUGAGGAUCGCAAAAAAAAAAAAAAAAAUCAGGUAAAUUGAACGGUUCCGAUAAGUUCCACUAAGGUCCCACAAACUCACGGUGUAAACUAGGGGCAGAUCCAGGAU